AUGAAGCUUCUCAGGUUGUCAUUGGCCGCUGGCCUCAUUGCAGGCUCGGGCGUCAAUGCUACACCAAAGCAGUCCAAGAAUGAGCCGCUCUUCUCUUACAAUGCCAAUCUGCUUCCCCUGGAGAAGAAUGUUGGGUCGUCCGAUCUGUUCCCCAUGGCGGAUUGCAAUGGAUUCAAGCUUGAGGAGGCUACUUUCACGGAGAUGCAAGAUGCUAUGAAGGCUGGCAAGCUCACGUCUGUCCAGCUUUUGACGUGCUACCUUGUCCGACAUUACCAGACAGCAGAGUAUAUCAACUCUGUUUUGCAAGUCAACCCCGACGCCUUCGCCAUCGCAGCUGAUCGCGACGCCGAGCGAGCAAAGGGCAAAGUUCGCGGUCCUCUCCACGGCAUCCCUUUCACCGUCAAGGACAACAUCGCCACCAAGGACAGUCUCGAGACCACCGCCGGCAGCUGGGCUCUUCUCGGCAACGUCGUGCCCCGUGAUGCGCACGUCGUCAAGAAGCUUCGCGACGCCGGUGCCGUGCUCUUCGGCAAGGCUGCGCUGAGCGAGUGGGCUGACAUGCGCAGCAACGACUACUCCGAGGGAUACUCUGGUCGCGGUGGUCAGGUUCGCAGCGCUUAUAACUUGACCGUUAACCCUGGUGGCAGCUCUUCAGGCAGCGGUGUUGGAGUCGGUGCUAAUGCCAUCGCGUUCUCUCUCGGUACUGAGACGGACGGUAGUGUUAUCAACCCCGCCAACCGCAACGCCCUGGUCGGGUUCAAGCCCACUGUUGGUCUGACUUCCCGUGCCGGCGUCAUCCCUGAGAGCGAGCACCAAGACUCAGUGGGUGCUUUUGCACGAACAGUCAAAGAUGCCACUCUUGUUCUCGAUGCUAUCUACGGCGUUGACAAGCGCGAUAACUACACCUCUGCCCAGAAGAGCAAGACCCCCAAGGGUGGAUUUGCGCAGUACUUGACUGACAAGAAGGCCCUCAAGGGCGCUACCUUUGGUCUUCCUUGGGAGAGCUUCUGGGUGCAUGCGGAUGAGGAUAUGCAGGCUCAGCUUCUUGAGCUUGUUGAUCUGAUCAAGUCUGCUGGUGCGACGAUCAUCAAUGGUACUGAGAUCACCAAUUAUGAGACCAUUGUCAGCCCUGAUGGCUGGAACUGGGAUUACGGUACUACUCGAGGCUUCCCCAAUGAGUCUGAGUAUACCUACAUCAAGGUUGACUUCUACCGCAAUAUUGAGACAUACCUUAGCGAGGUUAACAACACCGACGUUCGUAACCUCGAUGACAUCGUCAAGUUCAACAAGAAGUACGACGGCGCCGAGGGUGGUUACCCCUACGAGGAUGGCAAGGGCCAUCCCGCAUUUGCCUCAGGCCAAGACGGCUUCCUCGCCUCCCUCAAGACCAAGGGCAAGCAGGACGAGACAUACUGGCAAGCCCUCGACUUCUGCCAGACCUCUACCCGCAAGGGUAUCAACGACGCCCUCACCUACAAGGGCAAGAAGCUCUCCGGCCUGCUCGUCCCUCCCCAGGUCGCACAAGCACCUCAGAUCGCCGCCCAGGCUGGUUACCCCGUCAUCACCAUCCCCGGCGGCUACGCCAAGGACUCUGGCAUGCCUUUUGGUCUCGCCAUCAUGCAAACUGCCUGGGCUGAGGCUGAGCUUGUUAAGUGGGCCAGCGCUAUCGAGGAUCUACAGCGAUCGGCCGAUGCCCCGUCCAAGCGUCGUUUGCCCAAGUGGCUUGGCUACCUUGAGCGUAACGUCCCCGUGCCCUUCUAA